AUGCCUAACUUUCCAUGGACCAAGUCGAACCGGUCGCACCAAUCUGUCGACAAUUCCUCGUCAGGGCAGCAUUCGCCUGUGCCAUCUGGUAAGGAGCCUUUUGGCCGGCCAAUCGUCGCCCCGGCUGACGGUCAAGCGCUGUCAGUGAACGAACAGGUCGCAGGCCAGCAGCGAUACCAAAAUCCAGACGGCAGCCAGCCAGCACCUGUGCAGAUUCAGCAGCCGCCUGUGCAACCACCGCAACCUCAAUAUAGGGAUCAGCAGUUUCCCCAGCGCACCACGAGCCACAGGCUGAGCGCCCAUCUCUCCCUGGGCCAGUCGUCGUCGCCGUCAUCGCCGCCGCCGUCGGUGCAGAACUACCAGCAACAAGCUGGGCCUCCGCCCGCAUCUGCUCUCGAGUCGCCUCACCGCGGCGCCUAUCAAGCCCAGCCCCCGCCCGCGGCAUACGUGCCCGAGCCCAAGAAGCAGUCGCUGCGCAGUCGCAUUGCAGCCGGAGUCAAGGGCCACAAGGACCAGGAGGCCAAAGCACAGAAGAACGGCCUGGGUAGACGCCAAUCCGUCCGGAAGAGUGACCCCCGUGUGCAGGAGUACCAAGCGCAGGAAGACAGUCGUGUGCAGCAGUGGCAUCAGCACCACCAAGGCUCGACGUCCCACCUGCCCGCCUCCAACGAGCAGGACGAGGACAACCUCGACCCUUUCCUCCAGAAAAACGACAACGAGACGCCCCAGGUGCCGCCCAAGGACAUCCAAUACCAGCAGAAACUGCAGCAGCCUCAACAACAAUUUGUGCCGCCGCCGCACCAGGAACAGUACAAUCGGCCCCCACUUGGCAGGGUAAGCACCGAGGGCAGCUAUUCGACCCAAGGCGGGGUAGAUCAAUACAGCUCUGAGAAGCAACAACAGCAACAACAACAUCAACAGCACCCACAACACCCACAACACCACCACCACCAGCAACACCAAUACGAAACCUACCAGCCUGCCGCUCCACCCCCACCCCCACAGCCCGUGACCGACUACCAGGCCUUCAACCCGCAAAACGUGCCAAGCCCCCUCCUCCAGAACGCUCAGCCGCAUGGCCAAGGUGGGCAGGUACCACUGGACAUCCCGCAAACUUACCACCUGUACCAGCAAUCGCUAGAAAGUGCCCACCAAAACACACUUUACCCACAGCAACAGCAGUUUGCGCAGCAGCUUCAGCCGCACCAAGACCCACAGCAACAGCCUCAAUCUGUGCGACCAGCCUCGCAGCAUCCCCAGAUUGCGCAAGAGGCCCAGAAGAUCGAGUCGCAACAACGUCAGCCCCCUCCGUCCCACCAGCUGGCCCCGCCGUCUCCCCUCCAGCCGCCGUCCUACCAGACAUACGACGCCCAGCAUACGCAACCGUCCGAUCUCCCACCGACAAACAUAACACCCCCACACCAGUCGCAGGACAACAUGGCACCCAGUGCUCAGAGCAAUGCGAGGAACACGCUAAGAAAAGUGGUCGACGGCAGCCAACCGCAGACAGGGCAACCGUCCCGAGAGUCAUCCCUACUUUCACAGCCUCCCGCUCAAGGUCAGCCACUCGGUCAGCCGCCUGUCUCGCCGGGCCUCGCAACAUUCGACGCUAACGUCGUACCAACAGCUUCACAGGGGCAGCCAUAUCGCGGCGAGAAGCAGAGCCAACAGGUUUCAGAAAUGGGACGGGCAACGCCUCCGCCAAGAACCUCCGUCGCCGAUAUGACAGAGGACGAUGUCGAGAAGCUGCAAAAGGAGCACGAUGUUCUGCGCGAAAAGUACCAAAAGGUCAAGCGAUACUUCUUCGAGCAACAGUCACAGGUUCAUCAGCUGCAAAACACCCUCGCCAAUCAGCGCUUGUCGCUCUCCCGCACAUCUUGGGACGACAGCGAAUACGCAACGCGCUUCAAUCGAUUGGAUGGAUUGAUCGCACAGCUAUCCUUCUCCAUCCGCAAGGAUUGGAAAACCAUACCGCAGUGGUUGCAUGUCGUGGUCAACAAAACUGCCGUCGAGACAGGCAAGCAGGAGAUGACAGCUGUUGGCCGUGCCUUCAUCUCGCACUGGUUGGUAGAAAACAUAUUUGACAAGUACUUCCAUCCGGACCUAGAGCCGGGCUUUUCGACACAACUGCAAUCGAUCGUUUCGAAUAUCCGCAAGUUCUCGCCGCCUUGCCACAGCACCGAAGACGAAGACACACUUGCCGCGAAAAUCAUCAACUGGCGGCUGGCGACACUGGAAGGUCUGGCAGAUGUGUUGAGAGCACCACAAGCUACUUCCAAUCGCGAGACGCUGACUGAAACACUCAAUGAGAAACUCAUCGCGUCUCUCCAGAUGCACUUGAACGACCCUGCGCCGGCAGACCUCAACGGAGGCGUGCCUAUGAUCAUCGAACUGGCCAUCAGCAUUGCUCAGCAUCUACCGCUUGAGAGCCGCGAAGUACAUAUUGAAUACUUCCCUCCGGGUCACGGCAUCGUCGCCGACUUUAUGAAGCUGGAAUCCGGCAUCCCCGCAUUAACAGCACCCAUUAUGGAGUUGGAUGACGCGGAUAGAGCUUCGAUCAGAAGCAUGGCAUCUAGACCUGACGACAACAUGUCCAUUGCCGAACAAGAGCAAGCACAGCUACAAGGAGGCCAACCGCAAAAAGAAGAUAAGAAGCGCGGUAUGUUCGGAUUUGGUGCAUCAAAGAAGGCGACGGCUUCUCCUGCUACCCUGGGCAAGCGAGAAUCGUCUCUCGGUCAAGGUGGCAGCCAGCAAAGUCUUACGCAACAUCCACCGGGCAGCUCUGGGGGACCAAAAGAUGAGUCUCCACCACCACGCGUGCGCAUGGCCGUCGGUGUCGCGGUACAGAUUCGUGGAAAGAGCAUCUUGAUCAAGGCUCCAGUGUACAGCACUUGA